AUGAAAAAUGAAGAAGAAGUGAUUAAACAUCCUCUCAUUCUUUCUUUUUUCAUAAUCUUCGUUUUGUACGGAAUAUACAUCACUGGGAUCGCGAUAAUCCCAUCAACAAACAACUUUAAAUUGCCGUAUGAUGAGACAGACGUUUUUGAGAUGAACGGAACGGUUUGGACAAAUCUCGAAAAAUUUGAAAAAAGUGAUAAUUCACAACACACAAAUCAUUCAGAAAAAUUUUCAGUUCCUGGUCAUUUUGCAUCGGAUCAAGUAAUGAAUAAAUACAUUCGUCUGCGUGCAUUCAGGAACGGGUUUAACCAAAAUAUAACUAUUCCCUCAUAUUAUGUCAAUUUAAUCAAGCGGAAUGUUUCCGUAUAUUUCACGUUCUCAGUUACGCCACUGACUUCUUUUUUCAACAAAACUCAAAAUUUCACCUCAAAUUUGUUGACUUCAAUCUCCCACGCCAAUCAUUUUCAAAAGUCAAAAGAUGACACGUUGAAGUCUGAGACUAUGUACGUUCCGUUUUUUGAGAUCUCGGUGAUGCGUCAAAUUGUGGACCCAACAAAAGUUUCAAGAGUUAUUCCUUUGGAGUAUGACAAAACGAAAAAACUGCAAAUGCCCUAUUUUUUCCAUAACGAAUUUUGGGUGCUUGAGGAUUACUUAGAGAAAGUGACUAAUUUGACAAAUA